UUUCUCUCUGCUAAUUCUUCCCAUUCUUCUCUCAUACUGUAAAUCAUCCGAGCCUGAGAACCAGGAAGCCAUCUGCAAACUGGAAUGAAAAGCCAUGUUUUCUCCAGCUCUAAUGAGGUGCUCGUCUUUAUCUUCUCAUCUAUUCAAACCCAAAACCUACUCUUCUUUUUCUUCUUCUGUAGAUAAGUACAGACCGUGGUCAGGUCUCCAGAACUGGAGAGAGAGCCCGCUCAAUGAGAACCGUUUUUGGGGACCCAGUGGCCCUGAACCUGUACCAGAGUCGCCUCUCCAUCCAAACGACCACAGUGACGACCCAAUUUCGUCUGCCUCGUCUCUUGCGGAGCUUGGUGCUGUGGUUCUCUCCACCAGUGAUCCUCUCGCCAAGUCCAAGCUUUCUCAUUUGGCUUUCUCUCGGUGGCGGAACGAGAAUUUGCCUAUUGGGGUCUUUGACCCGCCUUCCAGACCCGCUCGCCCUCCUAAACCUAUCUUGGUGUCGCCAAAGGAAAUUCCUGCUCCCAAAAACUCAGGCCUGCCUCUUAAUGCUUAUAUGCUUCAUAAUCUUGCUCAUGUGGAGCUAAAUGCAAUUGAUUUGGCAUGGGAUACUGUAGUUCGGUUUUCUCCCUUCUCUGAGAUUCUUGGCAAGGGUUUUUUUGCUGAUUUUGCUCAUGUUGCUGAUGAUGAGAGUCGCCAUUUUGCAUGGUGUUCGCAGCGACUUGUGGAGCUUGGUUUCACCUACGGAGAUAUGCCUGCUCAUAACUUGCUUUGGAGGGAGUGCGAAAAAUCAUCUGAUAAUGUUGCUGCACGUUUGGCAGUCAUUCCACUAGUCCAGGAGGCUAGAGGACUUGAUGCUGGGCCACGCUUGGUGCAAAAAUUAGUCGGAUUUGGUGAUAAUAGGACCUCUAAAAUCGUGUCUAGGAUUGCUGAUGAAGAAGUUGCCCAUGUUGCUGUUGGAAUUUGGUGGUUUGUCUCAGUUUGUAAUACAAUGGGUCGAGCCCCUUGCUCCACAUUUAAAGACUUGCUUAAAGAGUAUGAUGUUGAGUUAAAAGGGCCAUUUAAUUACUCCGCUCGAGACGAGGCUGGCAUUCCUCGAGACUGGUAUGACCUAUCGCAUGCAAAUAAACAGGAUGAAAGAAGGAAAGAGGAUACAAAUGAGCAGUUUUCUGCGGUUUAUGAUAGGCUUGCUUGCAUCAUUUCAAUGGAAUGUGAGAAUUCAAGUUUAGAAAAUCCCCCUAGAUGUAGAUGAUAAUCAAUUAAUGGCAGCAGAGGAAAUUUCACUUUUGGCAUUCAGGUCAGGUGAGUCUCAGCAAUUUGGAGCAGCAGCCUCAUUGAAGAUUGAUUGAUCAUGUGAUGUUCUUAGCUGGUAUAAUUUCUUGUUUCUUUAGUUCUAUCAGCUGUAUAGUUUGAGUAUCAAGUGUCUAUUAAUAAUAUAUAUUUACAUAA